AUGAUACCUUUUAGUUAAAGCAUUAACCAACCUUCCUCCACCGGGGGAGGGGGGAAUUAAAAAAGAAACAGCUUUAUUUGAUGUGGCAACCUCUAAUAACAACAACAACAACAACAACAACUGGGACUGGAUGAAAUGGAAGUUCUUCGGCCUACACUAAUCAAUAUUGAUGGACGGAUUUACCGCAAAAAUCAUAUCAAAGAGCAGGUGUACCAGAAUGAGGAAGAGGACGACUUUACUUAUCCCGGAGUUAUAGACUGUAUGGAUGAGCCUUGUGAUUCUGUACUUAUAGAGCAGACAGAUCGGGGCUAUCGAUGCUCCAUGGCUGUGCCUAGUGCUCUAUACAAAUACAUAAUUGGGAAGAAAGGGGAGACCAAACGGAGACUGGAGAAUGAAACACGAACUUCCAUAACCAUUCCUAAACCUGGAAUAGAGGGAGAGAUUGUCAUCGCUGGACAGCAGCGAGCGGGUGUUGCAUCAGCACAGACCAGAAUUGAAGUGAUGUUGGAGAGCUUCCGCAGAAAGCAACCCUUCACUCAUUUCCUGUCUUUUGCCAUUAAUCAACCCAACAUUCAGGAACAGUUUUUGAAAUUUAGAGAGCGUGUGUUGGAUGAGUGCUCCCAGGAUCGUGGGAUUGACAGCAGUAUUUUCCAGAACCCAGCAAAGCUCCACCUGACGAUCGGAACACUCAUCCUACUUAAUGAGCACGAGGUCACCAAAGCUGCUGAAUUGCUGCAGAAAUGCAAGGAAGACUUCAUCAACAACCUUACUGGUGGAAAGCCACUCCUGGUGAGAAUGGAAGGGAUCGAAUACAUGAAUGAUGAUCCAAGUAUGGUAGAUGUACUUUAUGGAAAGAUUCAAAUGAAGAAUGGAACAGACGUAUUGCAGCUGAUUGCAGAUGGACUGUUGGAGCGAUUCGUUGCUUCUGGACUGAUGGAGAAGGAAUGGGACAGGGUAAAGCUUCAUGCUACUUUGAUGAACACUCUUUUCAGAAGGGACCCAACAGUGGAAGGUCGAACCAGUGGUGCUCUGGGGAAGCAGAACAUGCGUGAAAGGGAGUCCUUUGGUGCAAGAAACGUGUUGAAGAAGUUUGAAAAUUACCAUUUUGGUGACGUGGAGUUGAAUGCUGUGCACAUCUCCCAGAGGUUCUCCACCGAUAGUUCGGGAUUCUAUGCUUCUUCUGGUGCCAUUGACUUCUCAUAAGGAAUUGGAAGUGUUGGAUGACAGGUCUCCAGCAUAAUGUCCCCCCGCCAGAUGAGUUUUGCUACACAACUUGAACAGACAGUGAGACAAACUCACUGGCUCAGUCACUGUUGGCCCAUCUCGUUCUCAUCAGGGUUACUUUUUCUGGAGUUAAGGUGUAACCUCACAAGAACCUGCUACUGGAACCGUGGUGCCUGGAGAUGAAGACCUGUUUUCACAUCGUAAGCCCCUUGCAUUUUUUAAAAAGUCAUCCCAGACUUUCACAGUAAAAUAUUUGCAGGAUAAGUUCCUGCUGAAUGCUUAUUGGUUCAGGGUGACGUGUCCAUGUUAAAAAUGGUCCAUUUUCCAGUUUGCUCAAAUCAACUUGCAGUUCAAGUAUAAUGUGGUCAAAAGUAAAGGCUCAUUUAGAGUACUGCACCUCAAGAGAAUACCUUCAUGCUGCAUCAGUUUGACAUUUUAUUUUCCAUACCCUGCCUUAGUCAUUCUAUGCUCCCUGAGUCAGGUUGUCUUUUCAUUUUCAAUUUGGACUAUAUUUUGUGGAUGCCCCUUUGGGGCCAGCAGCCCAGGGAAGGUGUUUUUAAGGUCAUUGUCCGUCCACACUGCUCUCAGAACCAAAAUGCAGAAACCAGAGUGGUGUUCCUGUUUAACCUGAUCCCCUGAUUGCUAUAAGCGUCUGUCUGUCUAUCUGUGGAAUGGUUGGAGCAGGUACUUUGUCGCAUUAUGUUGUGAUAAGGUAAUAGUGGAGCUUGGCAGAUGUGGAUAUCGUGUAGCAAAUAAAUCAUUGCAGACAAGCAAAGCCUAACCUAA